AUGUUGAGUAAUGAGGUGCAAAGGUUAAUUAUAAAUGAUGUAAAAGAGGCACCUUUUUAUUCUGUUAUGGCUGAUACUACACCUGACAUUUCCCACAAAGAUUGUUUGGCAAUUUGUGUACGAUAUCCUCGCAAUGGAGAAGCAGUUGAAAGACUAUUAGAAGUAGCAGAAGGAAAAGACAAGACGGGUCUGGGAACUGGGACAGAAAUUAUCGAUAUUUUGACAAAAAACUCUCUAUGUACAAAUAAUUUAGCUUUUCAAUCCUAUGACUAUGCCAGCAAUAUGUCUGGCUCAAUAAAUGGAGCUCAAGCUAAUGUUUCAAAAAUAGUUGGACACAAUGUCAUUUACAUUCCAUGCCAAGCACACAGAAUAAACACUUUUAUAGAGCACGGAUCUAGUAAUAAACGAUACAGUAUUUUGUGUAAAGAAAUGAGCGACUUGGAUAAUGUAUUGCAGCUGAGAAACCUGUCCAAAACUACAUGGACAGCUAGGGCAGAGUCUAUAAAAGCUGUUUGGUGUUCAUUUGAAGCGAUUUGUGAUAGUUUGCAUUAUAUUAGUUCACAUCAAGAUGCAUAUGAUAGAAUGACAAGAACAAAAGCUCACGAAACUCUUGAAACAAAACAUUUAUCUUUAGUUGAUGCUGCUACUUUAAUAGAUACAACUAUUAAAAUUUUAGAAGAAAUUAAUUUGGAUACUAAUUCAAUGAAUAAUUUAAUUGAUAGUGCUAUAGCCUUUUCAACAACUUUAGGAAUAAAUCCAGAAAACGAUUUUAAAAUACACCAUCGUCAUAAAAAGCCACCUACUUGGUUGGACAAAAAUUCAAAAACUCAGGUAGAAUUCAACAUGCACACAUUUUAUAGAAAAGAAUUCAAGUGUGUUCUAUCUACUUUCAUCAAUUUAUCUAAAGAUAAUUUAAAAAAAUGUAUUGAUGUAAUUUUGCCAUUGUAUAAAUUAUUUUCAGUCCCUUUCAAAAAGGAAGAUAUUUCUAUUGAAAAUGUUAAAAAUGCAUUGUUAUUGUUUCCACCUAAUAGUUCUUUGGCAAAAUGCAAAGAUGCAGAGGCAGUUCAAGCCGAAUUGGAAAUUUUGAGAAGUCUUGAAAUCAAGCCUGAUUUGACAACUGCUAAUAUAUUUGAGAAAUGUGAAGAGAUAAAACAUAUUUUGCCAUUAGCAAAAACAGUUUGUGAUUUAGCUCUUACCGCUCCAGUCAGUGUAGCAACAAAUGAGAGAACUUUUAGUAAACUUAAACUUAUAAAAACCCACUUAAGGUCUACAAUUAGUGACUCCAGACUAAAUUCAUUGAUGAUCCUCAGUAUAGAGAAAGAUGUAGUGGAUAAACUUAAUUUGAGCAAUAUUGUCAAUAAUUGGGCAUCUUUAAAAAAUCGAAGAAUACAAUUAUUGUAA